AUGCUUUUGGCCGCCACCGCAAUCUUUCUCUACUAUACCGCAUGGACACUCCAUUUGUCGACCCGGGCCACCCUCUCCAUGACAUCUUCCCCUCCGCGCGUCUGGGCCAUCCGUAUCCCUGUUAUCCUGACCCUCCUGGGAUCGGCCGUGGUUGGUACCUUCAUAGGCAUCGUCAUGAUCAACAGCAACAAGAAGAAGGCGGCCAAGGCCAAGGCUGCGGCUAAGAAGAAGACCUAA